CGUGCUCGGGUGCGGUUCGCUGGCGUUUUUGGAAGCGGUAUACCAGCGCUUUUCAUCGGACGCGUUUUUCGCGCGUUUCCUUGCCAGUCGUAAAAGCAAGUGUGCUAGUGUGUGCUAGUGUUAAUGUGAAUUUUUUAAACAAAGUGUGCCAUUGGGAAAUGUCUCCAUAUUGUAUAUGCACAAAUAUUUAAAUAAAUAUAUUCAUUGAUACAUAUGAUUAGUAGUGAAACAGCAGCAACGAAUCCAGCACCAAGCAAUUAGUUUGCUUUCUCGAUUUCCAUUUCCGCACGGAAGCAAGCUGGGCGGCAACAAGUGUUGGAUGCCCAGGAACACAAAUCAGUAGGACUUUCAGCCGGGGUGAGGCAAUCAGGACGCGCAGCUGGCGGCUGUGAGGAGUGCCACUGCCGCUUUCCCGCCCACCGAGUUCCGCCAUGGUAAAUCGCAAUGCGGAAUCUGCGAAAACGGAAAAUGGCACAAAUGCAACGAAUCUGAUUGUUAAGGCCGGUGGAAAUGCAGCGCAACCAAAGACGAUGACAUCAUCGGCGGCUAAGAUGGCGGAGGCCCUUUCGGCGUCACUGGCCGAUUUGAGCGAGCAAGAAAAUGGAACCACGGCUGAAGACAUCCACCUAAACGAUUUAUAUACCCGCUACCGCCAGAGGCUCCGCAAGUCGCUUUUCAGAUCGGGACUCUUAACUUCGCUGCUGGCAUGUGUGGUGUCCAUAAUAAUUGGCAUCGUUUACGAGCAGCACCUGGUGCAGACGCUGCUGCUGGUGCUGGCGGCCCUAAUCUCGGGAUCCAUUCUGACGGCUCUGCAGUUUCCGGCGGUGCUGAGCUCGCCGGCCGCCGCCUUGGCCUUCGCCAUCGUCACCACCUUCUCGCUGGGCACCAUUGCGGCCAUUACCGGGGACGAACUGGCUCCCCUGCCCAUGUACGCCCUGUUCCUGUGCAUCCACUCCAUGCUGCCCAUUUCCUGGCCCGUCUCUGUGGUGCUGGCUUUGUUCAUGACCGCCAUCCACAUCGUUUACCGGAUCGGCACAAGUCCCGACUAUGCGCCCAAUUUGCCAAUGCUCUUCGGGGAGAUUGUGAUGCUGGCCAGUGCCUCCGUUUCCGGGCUCUAUUACCGCAUCAUGUCGGAUGCGGCCCACAACCGGACCGUGGACGGUACACGCACCGGAAUCGAGCAGCGCGUGAAGCUCGAAUGCGAGCGCGAGCAGCAGGAGCAGCUGCUCCUCAGCGUCAUUCCCGCCUACAUCGCCGCCGAGGUGAAGCGCAGCAUCAUGUUGAAGAUGGCUGACGCCUGUCAGAGAGCUGGAGGACAGGCGUCCACGUCGGCCACCAGAUUCCACGAGCUGCACGUCCAGCGUCACACAAACGUCACCAUCCUCUUUGCGGAUAUCGUCAACUUCACACCACUUUCAAGUUCCCUGACGGCCAGCGAUUUGGUCAAGACGCUCAACGAUCUGUUUGGACGCUUCGAUCAGAUAGCUCAGGAGAACCAGUGUCUUCGCAUCAAGAUCCUUGGGGAUUGUUAUUACUGUGUGUCCGGUCUGCCCAUUUCCCGGCCCCAACAUGCAACCAAUUGUGUCAACAUGGGCCUGCAGAUGAUCGAUGCCAUCAGACACGUGCGUGAGGCGACCGGCAUAAAUGUUGACAUGCGAAUCGGCAUCCACACUGGCAACGUUCUCUGCGGCGUCCUUGGCCUCCGCAAGUGGCAAUUUGAUGUUUGGAGCGACGAUGUAACUUUGGCCAACCACAUGGAGAGCGGCGGUGUCGCCGGGCGCGUUCACAUCACCAAACAGACUUUGGACUUCCUGGGUGAAAAGUUCGAGGUUGAGCAGGGCGAGGGUGGAAAUCGAGAUGCGUAUCUGGCGGAUCACAAGAUAGAAACGUAUCUCAUAGUGCCACCCAAGCCGGCCUACACCUACAGCGUUCCGCGAGUGGUGGAGUGCAUCGAGCACAACGAUCCCAGUCCCACGGAGGAGACGAAGGAGCUCAAGGAGUUGGAACACUCCCAUGAGGCAGCUGAUGUCACCGAUAAUCUACUCCCCGUUACGGUGGAUCCACCUCCUCUACUUGUCGACGAGAAGAUGUCACCCACUUCGACGAACAGCCAAGAGGUUCCCCUACACGCUCCCCUUGCCUCCGCCGCCUCUAUGUCCAUUAAGGAGUUGUCCGAGGAGGAGGACGAGGCCGACGAGGCCACCGCGGUAACCGAACCGCUGAUGGUCAAGGAUCCGGACCACAAGGACGGCCAGGAGGUCAAGGCCAACGGCGCCCAUCGCGGCAGUGGCGAUUCCGCCGCCUCGGAGUCGGCGGCCAAGUCCACUGCCCUCUCCCUGCCCGCCGAGGAUCUGCUCAGCAUUAGCGGUUCGGAGAGCGGCAUAUCGAAUAGCGGCACCCCAGCACCAUCUUCGAAUCCAGCCAGUGUCACGCCCACCACUGCCGCCCCCGCCGGAGCAGUCUCCUCCGGAAACAACAGCCUCACGGUGGCCGAGGCCCCGGAGCGAUCACGCCGGAAGUUGUCCGUUCAAGGUCUGAUGUCCUUCGCCGACAGACGCCGCUCCUCCGGAGCCUUCAUCGAGGGACGCAAGCUGUCCAUUCACAGUGGCGAAAGUUUCCGCAGUCAUGCGGGUCAUGUCACACGCAAUCGUCCUUCAUCGAAGAUGACCAAAUAUGUGGAGUGCUGGGGGGCAGAUCGACCGUUUGCCAAUAUUGCCGAAUCCAAACUAGUGAAGAACAUCGGACUGGCGAGCAUCGCCAUGAUUGAAUCAAAUUUACUGCCGCCCGAGCGUAAAUGUUUCAAUUUUAAUUUCUUCGGACCGCCCACGGAGCUGAAGCCGUUCACCAUGUGGUACCGCAAUACGCCCCGGGAGGGAAUGUACCGUGCCCAGCCGGACACGCACUUCCGGUUCGACCUGAUAUGCGCCUUCGUCCUCUUCCUCUCGCUGGCCAUCGUCCAAUUGAUUGUAAUCAAAUUGAACCUGGCCCUCCUUGGAUCCCUUUUGGCCAGCUUUGUGUCUUUGGCCCUGUUCCUCUACCUGAGCAACAUGUCCGUGCCGGAUGUCCAUGCCUCGGCGACGGAGCGAAAUGGUCCUGGUCAGGUGGUGGCCAGCAGUCGCUACCUGCGGCUGGCCAUGUUCGUCAUAGUCAACAUCCUCAUCUCGUCCUGCGCCGUGUUCAGUGUGAUCAACUUCUCAGUACCAGACGGAGUACGCAAUGACCCACCAUCUAAUGGCACCUUUUGGUACAGCAAUUCUUCGCUCGAAUUUCUGAAUUCCACCCUGGAGGAUAUGGAGGAUAUGCAGCCGUUUAAAAUGACCCAUGCCUUGCCCAUUGCGCCCGUUUUUCUAUAUUGCUGCGCCAUUAGUCUGGCUGCAAUUUCGGCCUUUCUUCGAUCUGGUUUUAUCCUCAAGUUAAUUGCCAUGCUGGUAGCUGUGAUUGCACAGGUCACAGUACUCGGCUACAGCGAUUUGUUUGUGAAAUAUAACCUGGUAUACAUCGACAAUGGCUUACCGCUCGAGAUCAAGGGAUUCCUGUUGCUCCUGGUAAUUAUUGUGGUGCUGCACACUCUGGAUCGCCAGGGUGAAUAUGUGGCCCGCACCGAUUUCCUGUGGAAGGCCAAGCUAAAGGUGGAACAGGAGGAGGUCGAAACCAUGCGAGGCAUUAACAAGAUUCUGCUGGAGAACAUCCUGCCGGCCCACGUGGCCACGCACUUCCUGCACCUGGAACGCUCCACGGAACUCUACCACGAGAGCUACUCCUGCGUGGCCGUGAUGUUCGCCUCCAUUCCCAACUACAAGGAGUUCUACGACGAGACGGAUGUCAACAAACAGGGUCUGGAGUGCCUGCGCCUGUUGAACGAAAUCAUCUGUGAUUUCGAUAAGUUACUGUUGAAACCAAAGUUCAGUGGAAUCGAGAAGAUUAAAACCAUCGCCAGCACAUACAUGUGUGCUUCGGGACUGAGGCCCGGAAAAGAGGACGGCGCUACGUCACGUAGUUUUGCGGACGAGAAGCGAACGGAGGAACACAACGUGGUCAUAUUGGUCGAGUUUGCGAUUGCUUUGAUGUCCAUAUUGGAUUCGAUUAAUCGCGAGUCCUUCCAACGAUUCCGCCUCCGCAUAGGACUCAAUCACGGUCCGGUGAUUGCCGGCGUGAUUGGUGCCCAGAAGCCGCAAUACGAUAUCUGGAGUAAUACUGUGAAUGUGGCCUCACGCAUGGACUCCUGCGGCGUGAUGGGUCGACUUCAGACGACGGAAAACACGGCAAAGAUAUUGAUGGCAGCCGGCUAUGAGUGCGAGUGCCGAGGCCUCACUUAUGUGAAGGGGAAGGGAAAUCUAGUCACCUACUUUGUAAAGACACCUUUCGAUGGGAAAUUGUAAAUCACCCAGUUGCUGUUGAUACUAUUUAAUGGAUAUUUAUGAUCAUGUACACGUAGCGUAGGCCAAAAGUCACUUCAAAGCAUCUUCUUAUUUAUUUUGAGCUUUUCAUUUUAGUUGUAAUGAAUUUGCAAGCAUUUAAGGUACGUUGCUCAUCACACGCACAUGUUAAGUAUUUGUUAGCAAACAAUUUGUUUUUUAGUUAGUUAGUAGAAUUUAAAUGUUAUUGACUAUUACGUACAAUUUGUUAGCUAAUCUUAUGCGUAGCCAUCACUUAAACAGCGAAUAAUUAUAUACGAUUCGAAUUACACUUAUGAUAGACGAAAAAAUGCAAAAAGCCCACCUUAGCCCAAAAACCACCCAAUAAAUAAAUAUAGCUAAAAAGCAUAUCUAUCUAUCAAUUUUUUAACUGCUCUGUUAAAUUCUUAUCUGAGGCUCUCAAGAAAUUUUUUUUUUUGUCGAUUUCCUUUCCUUUUUGAGCACUAUAUAAAUGAAUUUGUUAUAAUUCUAAUACCUUUUUGGUAAGACACUAGUUAAAUUCUGUAUAAAGAAUCAAUUAAAAUUCUAUAUAUUUUUUUACUCAAAUGUUUUGUACUGUUAUUAAACUAUUCUCUACAUCAUAUUUUGAUAUAUGUAUAUAACUUUAUAAGAUAAAAGCCACCAAAGCGAACUACUUUUUAAGGCAAUUCUAAGCUCAACAACCGCAUCUGUGUACCUAAUAUAUCCCAACAAAUUACACAAUACCUCCGAUCAAAACUGACCUGCUUAAAUGUGCAAAUUGUAGCCCCAAUGGUUUUCAAUCGAACUCUCUAAAUUUGAAAACUGAAUAUGAAAAUCUAUGCUGGAAUACAAUAAAGAAAUAAAAUGUCUAUAGGCACUCUCUGAACGCGCUGCAGAAGUUCUUAAAGUAGGUUCAUUGAACAAUAUUUGAUAUUAUUAAACAAUUUAAUUGGUUUUUAUUAAAUAAUUAAUA